UCUUUGCUGCCACCACCAUUUCCACUGCGGCCGUCGCCGCCACAACCGCCCAACCCCAAAGAUUUGCAACCACCGAGAUUCCUGGGAGCCCUAACCCUAGGUCGGUCCGGAUCUACAGACGUCGUUCCUUUCGGCGAAUUCUCGUUCUUCACUGUUCGUUUUGGUAAUUCGCGUUCCCCGUUUAUCGAACAUGGCGUCCUCGGAGAUCGAAGUUGUCUCCGAAAGCCGCAGUCAGAAUGAUUCCUCUCGCCAGAACGGGAAUCCCGAUGCCGAUUUCGCGAGCAGCAUCGUCGACGUAUACUCGGCGUCCGCUUACGGUCAGGUGGACAAGGUGCGGAAGUACGUGGAGGAAGAUGCGUCUUGCCUGAAGGGGCCGGACGGUAACGGGUAUUACGCCGUCCAGUGGGCUGCGCUGAACGGUUUUCUUGACGUCCUGCUAUAUAUAAUCGAGCACGGCGCCGAUGUCAAUGCUACUGACAGAAGCGGGCAGACAGCUUUGCAUUGGGCAGCAGUUAGAGGUUCGGUUUCGGCAGCCGACGUCCUUUUGCAGAAUGGGGCUCGUUUGGAGGCUGCCGAUGGCAACGGGUACCGGACAGUUCAUGUCGCAGCUCAGUACGGACAAACAGCUUUUUUGUACCACAUAAUCACAAAAUAUAAUGCGGAGUUUGAUGCACCUGAUAAUAGUGGGAGGAGUCCACUUCAUUGGGCUUCCUAUAAAGGUUUUGCGGACACCAUUAGAUUACUUUUGUUCAAGGAUGCAUACCUCGGCCGGCAAGAUAAAGAUGGCUGCACACCUUUACAUUGGGCUGCGAUAAGGGGAAAUGUGGAGGCUUGUACAAUACUUGCACAUGCUGGCACCGAACAGGACUUAUUAAUUACAGAUAAUGCUGGAUUUACUCCUGCUCGGCUUGCCUCUGAUAAAGGUCAUCGGCAUGUCGCCUUUUUUCUUUCCAAUGCACAUAAGAUGCAUCAAAGACGGUUUCGUGAUAAUGCUUUCUUUCAGAGGAUGGAAAAGAUAGGAUAUGCACCAAUCCUUCUGUGCGUCAUAAUUCUUCUCACGGUUCUAUUUAUCAACUCAAUACUUACAUCGCCAGCAUAUACAAAUGUUACAGCUAAUGUUGGAUUGUGGGGAUGGACCGCUGUUUCUCUUUCUUUUAUCUCGCUUCUAUUUUUCUAUAGGUGUAGCAGUAAGGAUCCAGGAUACAUCGAACAAAGUACAAAGUUCUCACCAAAUUCCAGUUGUGUAAAUGAGACAUUGUUAAGCAUGGAUCUGGAAAAUAAUCCUCUUUGGACAGGGAAUUGGUCCCAGCUUUGCCCAACCUGCAAGAUAAUAAGGCCAGUGCGUUCAAAACAUUGUUCUACUUGCAAUCGCUGUGUGGAACAAUUUGAUCAUCAUUGCCCAUGGAUAUCUAAUUGUGUUGGAAAGAGAAAUAAAUGGGAUUUUUUUGUGUUCAUCUUUGUGGGAACAUUAACAGCUGCUGUUGCUGCUGCAGUUGCAUUCCAAAGGAUUUGGACCGAAAAAAUGGUUCCUUCAUCAGCUGGCUCUUGGGUUUAUCAUACAAUUGCUAGCCAUCCUGGUGCAGUUGCAUUUCUUGUCAUUGAUGUUUUUGUGUUGAUGGGAGGUGCGGUUUUGACGGUUGCCCAGGCAUCGCAGAUUUCUCGAAAUAUUACCACCAAUGAAUUGGCAAAUGCUUCUCGGUAUGGGUACCUUCGUGGACCAGAUGGCCGGUUUCGUAAUCCUUAUAACCAUGGAAUUAGGAAGAACUGUAUGGACUUCCUUAUUCAAGGGCACACUGAUGAUCGGGAAGUUGCUUGGCUGCCUCUACUACAGGCCCCAAGGUAGACCUCUGAUUUUUUUGUCAUUGCCUGCUUAUGCCCCGAGCUGUACCAGUUGGCUGCUUCACCACAUAAACAGGAGUCGACGUCAUUGGUGAACUUGAAGCAUCUCCUAGAGCACAACUCUCGCAAAUUCAUCAGGUGCCGCUCUUCUUGUUGCUAGUCAUUGUUUUUCAUUGAUGGGUCCUGUGAUAACACUUGCGCAUGUAUGAGCAUGGUUUUGCUGUAGAGUUUGAUUCAUUUCUUGAUAAGGGCCAUUGUAAUCUUUACUCAUUUAAAAGAAAAAAAAAGGAUCGAAACAAGUGUCUGGUUAUUUGAUGGUUGAUGGUGGUUAUGUUUUUAUCAUCCCAAAUUUGGCUUCCAUGUAUAUUUCUCUUAAAGCUGUUUAAGUACUAUGAUAACCAUACUAAGUUUACUAUGAUGUAUUAAUUAUACUUUGCCCAAGCUUUGCUGGAUGCUACUUUGAUCUCGUAAGCCUAGUCAACGAGCAAAAGGCUGAGAGUUAGCAUUGGCCUUGUAUAUUUUAUGUUCAUUUUACA